GUUCUUGGAUCUAUGAGAAGGAGAUCAUAGGGCAACAAUGGCGAUGCUGGAGAACCUCUUCUUGCGCCAAGGCUCCUUGAAAUCCUUGCUCGAUAGCGUGCGACGGAGGAGGAGCUCCUCGGAUGCCGACGAUGAUCCUAAUCCCAUUCCCCAGCUCUCCCCCCUUGCCAAUUCCGUCCUCUCCCGCUGUUCCAGGAUACUUCUUUUAUCAACACAAGAGUUGCAGCAGCUUUUUGAGACUGAGCUGCCUGACAGUCUUAAGCAACCUGAUACAUAUGCAAGACAUUUAUUAGAGUUUUGUUCAUAUAAAGCUCUUCAUUUUGUAACUAGACGUCCAGAUUAUUUGGCUGAUAAGGAGUUCCAAAGUUUGACAUUUGAUAUGAUGCUUGCUUGGGAAGCUCCUGCUACAGAGAGUGAAUCAUUAUCUAAAGGAACCGCAUGUGUUCCAGAAGUUGAGGAUGAAGAUGGUGGAUCGUUAUUCUAUACUAAUUCUACUUCUAUGGCUGUGCAAGUUGAUGAUAAAAAGACGGUCGGAUCAGAAGCUUUUAAAAGAAUAGUUUCUGCAUGUCCUUCUGUAGCAGAUGUCAUCACUGUUCAAAACCUCUUUGAUGCACUUACAAGCACUUCAUGUGGCCAACUACAUUUUCUCAUAUACAGCAAGUACCUCAAAAGCCUUGACAAAGUGCUCAAAUCUGCAAAGGGCUUAAUAGGAUCUUCAUUCACUUCAAACCUUCAACUUGCUGAUGGAGAAAUUAUCUUAGAUGUUGAUGGUGUCAUGCCUACUCAGCCUGUUCUACAACAUGUCGGGAUAGCUGCAUGGCCUGGAAGGCUAACGCUGACCAAUUAUGCUCUCUACUUCGAAUCAUUAGGAGUGGGUUCAUAUGAUAAGCCUGCCAGAUAUGACUUAGCAACAGAUUUGAAACAGGUGGUAAAACGCGAAAUGACAGGACCAUUAGGCACACGGCUCUUUGACAAGGCUGUGAUGUAUAAAUCAACAACUAUUACAGAGCCUAUCUUUUUGGAGUUUCCUGAAUUCAAAGGCCACACAAGAAGAGACUACUGGCUGGCAAUAAUUCGGGAAGUAUUAAAUAUGCACAGAUUCAUUAAAAAGUUUAAUCUUAAAGAGAUUCAGAGGGAAGAAGUGUUAUCAAUGGCCAUUUUAGGUAUCUUCCGUUACCGUGCCGUGAAAGAAGCUUUUCAUAUGGCUCCCUCUCAUUUUAAGAGCACACUUGCCUUCAACUUAACUGAAAAAUUGCCAAAAGGAGACAUUAUCUUGGAGGCUUUAUAUAGUCAGUUGCUGCUUUUGCAUACUGGAUUUCAGAGACACAACACAGAAAGUGUAUCAAAUAAGUCACAAGCAGCUCUUUUACCGGCUUCAUUACUUACACUUUCCAGACUGGGUUUAAUGUCGUUGAAAGACCCAUACAUGACUGAAGAAAAAGACUUAUCUGGAUGGGUUGUUCGUGUUGGUGUCCAAAGUCCCCUGGAACUGGCUUUGAGAGAAUCAAUUUGCCACUCUGGUAGAGUUGAGGCUGCUCGCGCAACGCUUGAUCAGGUGAAAGUUGAAGGGAUUGAUACAAACUUGGCUGUCAUGCAGGCAUUACUUUUUCCUUUGGUGGAAUUAGGCAAGUAUCUUCGAUUUCUAUCAAGUUGGGAAGAUCCUUUUAAAUCCAUCAUGUUCUUGGCUGUAUCUCUUUAUGUUGUUUACAGGGGUUGGAUCAGUUAUAUUCUCCCUUGCAGUUUCCUCUCUAUUGCUAUCAUAAUGAUCUGGAACAAAUACCGUAGUAAGGGAAAACCCUUAGAAGGCUUUCAAGUUACUCCUCCCCCUAAUAAGAAUGCUGUUGAACAACUUCUGAUUUUGCAAGAAGGCAUUUCACAACUUGAAACCUAUGUCCAAGCUGCCAACAUUAUUCUCUUGAAGCUAAGAGCACUCUUGUUAGGUGCAAUGCCACAGGCAACAGACCUGGUGGUGUUAUAUUUGAUAGCAAUGGCAGCAGUUUUUGCAUUUGUACCGAUUAAGCAUUUGCUCGUCUUAGCUUUCCUGGAGGUGUUCACAAGGGAGAUGCCACUAAGGAAAUACACCAGCGAUCGGUUAUUAAGACGAAUAAGAGAGUGGUGGGUCCGUAUUCCCGCCGCUCCUGUCCAGCUACUGCGUUCUGAAGAAAACAAAAAGAAAUGAUAAAUUCUAGUACCUAAGGUCCUACCGAGCAAAUUCAAGCAAUCGUAUUCUUGAACUGCAACCAUUUUAUUUUUGUUUACAAAAAAGCUAGGAAAUGAAUAUGCAUACGAAAUGAAUAAAGUUCACUGAUGAUAACUACCGUCUGAUUCUGAAAUCGCAGAGGCUCGGUUUGAUUGAACAACUAAUUGUUCUCAUCUUUUUACUCUAUUCUGUGAAGAAAAUUGCAGAAGAAAAGGCUUUUGGCAAAAGUGUUUCUCCAGCAUCUUCGCUUCCGAAAAUGAUGAUGUAUAUAUAUUAUUGUUCAAGGUUGGUUGGUUUUGUUUUA